UAGACUUAAAAAUUAAACUUGAGGAACCGCGAUUUUAAAAUGUGUUUAAAUUAUUACAGUGAGUCUGCAUCUCCUCUCUACCUUCUAUGUGGAGUACAUCAUAGAAUUACUCCUAGAGUUUCAGUUCAUGAUCGUUGUAAUUAGACUAACUCGUAUACUAAGGGUCGUUAACGGUAGACUGUCGAAGUUGCUAGAAGUAUUGGUAAAUGAAGAACAGGCGAGCGAAGAGAUCCGAGUACUCUGGCUGGUAUACGAGUUGGUGUGUGAUCUGAUUCGAAGAGUGAAUCGAGGCUAUGGCCUCAUACUGCUGCUUCUCUUGCAGUCAUUUUUCCUUCACUUCAUCAUGACACCAUAUUAUAUGAUUAACCUUUACCAAAUUCCUUCAGGACUGUCGACAUUAGGUCAGCAAGUGGCCUGGUUCCAUUUCCACGCUGCUAGCGUUAUACUCAUUGUGGAACCCUGCCAUGGAGUGCAACAGCAGAUGGCCAAAACUCGUUCUCUAGUCAGCAAGUUGAUGUGUCAGACGAGGCCUUAUGGCAGUCUUUCGCGAUCUCUUGCUGCUUUCUUCAGAAGUCUCACCUUAGAGCAGCCGCUGAUAGCGCCUUUGGGAAUGAGCGUGCUUGAGAGACCUCUACUCAUCACGAUCCUGGGGGUGGUAUCUACAUAUCUUGUACCUCGACAUUAUUUCUCUUUUCCCAACUCCACUGACAAGAUAUUUAAUGGGACUGACACUGCGCAUGUAGCAAAUAACCUGUUAUUGGAAAAUUAA